UCGCCAUUGAAAAUUUUCACACGCAACGCCGCAUACUGAAAAAAAGUAUUUUAUGUUGUUGAACGCUCAAACGUGGUCGGAAUACUGCUAACUGUGCGUGGUUGUGUUAACCUGAAGAGUGGCUUCAAAGUUGUAGAGAAACGAUGAGUGCAACGCCGCCGGAUUUACUUUCCUCGGCGGCCCGAGAUGUCUCAGCUGCAGCGAACGGCGGCAGCAGCAGAAGCGGCGCUGAUAAGGAGCGUUCGCGGUCCAAGGAUCGCAGUAGAGACAAGGAUAAGGACAAGAAGAGGAGGGACAGCAGAGACCGAGACAGCCGGCGCCGUGACGAUCGCGACAGGGAUCGUGAUCGGGAUCGUGAUCGUGAUCGCGACCGGGAUAGGGACUCCCGCUCGAAUCGCAGCCGUUCACGCAACUACGACGAUCACGACAGACGCAGGAAGCGAUCACGCAGUCGGGAUCGUGAUCGCAAGCGGGAUCGGGACCGUGAUUCCCGCUCCAGGCGCAGCAGUUCGCGGGGUGGACGUGGUGGAGAUGAUUAUGGCGACCGGAACCGACGCCGCCGCUCGCGCAGUCGUAGCUAUGACCGUCGACGGAAUGAUCGUGGUGGACAGCGGGAUCAGCGAGAUCAGCCAUCGCAAAGGAGCAGUAGGGAACGCACCCACGUCAAUCCCUUUGACACAUCCGGCAAUCGGAGUUCGAUAAGCUCCUUGAACCAGGAUCAAGAUCAUCCCCGAAUCCCAUCGCUGUUCGACAGGCAGCCUCAGGGAUUGGAUACCAUACGGGAGGAGCCACGAGAGUCAAGAUUUGAUCUGACGCAGACAAUCCAGGAGCUAAUGGGCAGUGCAGGCAGCAAGGGAUUCGCCUCGUUCUUUAACAACCAAAACAGCAAUGACUCCACCAGCAAUGGCGCGACCGAUAACGCAAUGGACAGUGCAGCGGAACGAAAAAGGAAGCGCAAGUCACGCUGGGGUGGAAAUGAAAAUGACAAGACCUUCAUACCGGGCAUGCCCACCAUCCUGCCGUCCACACUGGAUCCAGCACAGCAGGAGGCCUACCUAGUUCAAUUCCAAAUCGAGGAGAUCAGCCGCAAGCUGCGUACCGGCGACCUGGGAAUCACGCAGAAUCCGGAAGAAAGGUCUCCCUCUCCGGAGCCCAUUUACAGUUCUGAUGGCAAGCGGCUGAACACCCGUGAGUUCCGCUACCGGAGACGCUUGGAAGAACAGCGGCAUCAGUUGAUCGUCAAAAUGCAAACGGUUAAUCCGGAGUUUAAGCCACCGGCGGAUUACAAACCGCCAGUGACCCGUGUCAGCGACAAAGUGCUGAUUCCGCAAGAGCAGCAUCCGGACAUUAACUUCGUGGGCCUGCUUAUUGGGCCACGCGGCAACACGCUCAAAGCUAUGGAGAAGGAUACGGGCGCUAAGAUCAUAAUUCGCGGCAAGGGAUCGGUGAAGGAGGGCAAGGUGGGUCGCAAGGAUGGUCAACCGUUGCCGGGCGAGGAUGAACCUCUGCAUGCUUUCAUCACCGCGCCAAAUCCGGAGGCGGUUCGCAAGGCGGUAGAUAAGAUCAAGGACGUAAUACGGCAGGGUAUCGAGGUGCCAGAGGGCCACAACGAUCUCCGGCGCAUGCAAUUGCGAGAGUUGGCUCAGCUCAAUGGAACGCUGCGCGAGAACGACAUCCAGCGGUGUACCUGCGGCUCCACGGACCACAAGUCGUGGCAGUGUCCGGACAAGCCGAUUAUCACAAAUACUAUAGUGUGCACAUCGUGUGGCGGGACUGGUCAUCUGACCAAGGAUUGUCGCAACAAGCGUCCGGGAUCCGGAGCACCGGGGAUGGCCUGUGAGGAUACGCAGGCGAAGAUCGACGAGGAGUACAUGAGCUUAAUGGCAGAGCUCGGAGAGGGACCGCCGCCAUCAGCAGCACCUGCGAAGCCAGAUCCGCCGGCCAACAAUGGACCCCAGUUGCACCGGGCCAGCUACAGCAUCUUUGAUAAGAAGCCCUCGCAAAUGCAGGCCAUCCAGUCACCGCCGAGCAGCUCCUCGUCGCGAGAUCAUCAGCGCGACAUGGGCGGAUGGGGUGCGACGGGGCACGAGCACGGCCUGGGCAUGGAGCACGGUAUGGGAAUGGAACAGCACACCCACGGCUUGGCAGGGCUAGAUCACGGUAUGAGUGUGGGCAUGGAGCAUGCGAUGUCGGCCUAUUUACCAGCGCCUGGCACCCAAGCUCCACCCCCUAUGCCGCCGCCGCUGAUGCCAUGGAUGAGUGCACCGCAGCCGCCGCCACCGGCGACGGAGCCGCUGAAUCCACCCAUACCAGGCACAUUGCCACCGCUCAUACCGCCGCCCCCGGGCACAAGUGCUCCGCCCAUGCCGCCGUGGGCCGGUGCUGGCUACAGUGGCUGGGGCGGCGGUUAUGCGCCGCCUCCACCUCCACCAUGUGGACCUCCGCCACCAGCUUUGAGCUUGUCGCAGCCACCGCCACCACCACCGCCCUCCGCUUGAGCUUUGGGACUAGCCUGGGAAAGAUCAAGAAGCCGCUGCUGAUGACCGCAUGAGACUGUCCCUGCAAUCAAUUAAUUAUGUAAUCCUAAUCCAAGACCACAAUAUAGUCGCUUUCUCUACUUCUCACCAUAA